AUGGGAAAGGGUGGUUAUAUCGUCAGCGGAUUUGGUUACCUUACUUCGACUAACGAAUACAAGGUCGUCAGAAUUUGCUACCCUACUGAAAAACUCGAUUACCCUCAAAGCAGUGCUGCAGGAUGGGUUGAAAAACUCGAUUACCCUCAAAGCAGUGCUGCAGGAUGGGUUCAGGUGUACACUCUUGGGAAUAAUAACAAUAGCGGUUGGAGAGUCGUCGGAGAAAUCACCGCCACAUUAUGGUUGUCGGGCGUCCAAGCAAACGGAGCAUUGCAUUUUAUGGACGAUGUAAAUUGGAAGAUUGUGACGCUCGAUUUAGAAUCAGAAGAGAUUGGGGUGCUCCCAUCACCACCUUGUUUCCAAAAAUUUAAGGAUCCUUCUUUUCAAGUCCAAGUUUUGGGAGGGCACUUGUACGUUGUUCAUCAACAAAGUGGUGAAUACGUAGAUAUAUGGUUAUUCCAACAUAACGAGAAUAGGGAUCAUUACGAGCGAAGAGAAAAGGAUUUUGAAUCUUGGAGUUGGAGUAAAAAGUUCUCAAUAGAAUGGAAGCACAUGAGCAUAGUUGAUUACUAUCAGCCAUUUGCUAUAACAGAGAAAAAUGAAUUUCUAUUUUGGAUCGUGUCGUACGUUCCGGUGGAAGACCAAGAGGUGGUUAUAGAAGACCAAGAGGUGGUUAUACAAGACCAAGAGGUGGUUAUAGAAGACCAACCGCCACCGGUGCAAGUUUUCGAGGACACAAGUGCUCACUGUGAAAACAACUAUGAGUGGAAAGAUCCGAAAGAUGCAAAGAAGUGGGCUCGAGAAUAA